GGCGGGCUCCGGGGCGGCCGCUCGGAAGCGACCGGGGAGGCGAAGGGGUUAGCGCCGGGACGGGGCCGGGGCCAGGCGGCCCCGGUGCCGGCGGGAGCCUCCCGCUCGUAGCUCGUACUCCCCCGCCCGGCUCUCGGGGCGGGCACCGGGCGGCAGAGCCCGCCGCCCCCGUCCCGUCCCGUCCCGCCGUCCCUCAGCCCCGCCCCGGGCCGGGCGGGGCCGGGCUCCGCGCCGCGGGGCUGGGGAGCCGCGCCUGGCCAUCGCCGGGGCGAGCAGCGAGCGGGGCGGCCCCGGGACGGCGACCAGCAGGUGAAGGAGCCCCUCAGACUGGCACCAUGACGGAGUGCUUUGACUGCGACAACUGCAAGGAGUCCUUGUACGGGCGCAAGUACAUCCAGAUGGACAAUGGCCCGUACUGCAUCCCCUGCUACGACGCCCACUUUGCCAACACCUGCGAUGAGUGCAAAGAGCUGAUCGGCCACGACUGCAGAGAGCUGUACUACGAGGACCGCCAUUACCACGAGCACUGCUUCUGUUGCUUCCGCUGUGACCGCUCCCUGGCCGACGAGCCGUUCACCUGCCAAGGCGAGGAGCUGCUGUGCAAUGACUGCUACUGCAGCGAGUUCUCCUCCAAGUGCGUUGCCUGCGAGAAGACGGUCAUGCCAGGAUCCCGUAAGCUGGAGUACAACGGACAAACCUGGCACGAGCAUUGCUUCAUAUGCAGCAGCUGCCAGCAGCCCAUCGGGUCACGAUCCUUCAUCCCAGACAAUAAGGAUUAUUACUGUGUCCCCUGUUACGAGAGCAAGUUUGCUCCUCGCUGCACUCGUUGCAAAAAGACCCUCACCAAGGGAGGAGUGACUUACCGGGAUGAGCCGUGGCACAAGGAGUGUUUCGUCUGCACGGGCUGCAAGACCCCCCUGGCUGGGCAGCAGUUCACCUCCCAGGACGACAACCCCUACUGCAUCAAGUGCUUUGGGAACCUCUAUGCCAAGAAGUGCAGCGCCUGCACGAAGCCCAUCACAGGCUUUGGCGGUGGUAAAUACGUCUCCUUUGAGGACCGUCACUGGCACCAUAAUUGCUUUAACUGCGCCCGCUGCAACACCUCGCUGGUCGGGAAAGGCUUCAUCCCUGACAACGAUGAGAUCCUGUGCCGCGACUGCAGCAGCGACCUAUGAGCCUCCAAGGACACCGUGGGGCAGGGGCUUUCUCUAUUCUUCAGGGUCUUUGUGCCAGAUACCCCAACAACAUGUCAGGGGCAGGGCACAAGGCACAGGAGAUGGGGGCUGACCCCGAACCACGGUGUGUUCAGGGGGUUCCUGUGCCCCUCUCUGAAGGCUAGAGUACGCUGUGCUAUGGCUCUGUGCAGAGUCAAAGCUAAAUAAAGUUGAGAAAGGAGCUUCAAGACCCCCCCAUUAUUUACUCUUUCCUUUUGCUUCCUGUCUGACCAGGCAUGAGCUGAGCCCAGGGCCCUGGCAAAGGGCAGCAGCGGCAGCUUCAGCGAUGGGCUGCUGGAUCUGCGUGCUGGCAGCAUGUAUUCGCUCCCCCUGGCACAGUGCUGACUUUUCUCUUUCCCCCCUGUUGCUUCCCUUGCUCUGUGUGACAUAAGGCAGCAGCUCCUGUCCGUGCAGCUUGGCCGUGCUGGCCUGCGCUGUGGGUGGCUUUGCAGCACAGCCUUUCUGUACGCGUGGCUGGCGACCCGGGCAUGGAGGGUGCUCUCUGCCCAGCUUGGGACGUUUUGGGGACACCAAGCUGGAGUGUGGCCAGGAGAAGAGCGUGUGUGCUGCCAGAUGGGAUCAGCCUCCGGAGUUCUGUAGCCACCUCACCGUUUGUGGGCCAGAGUCUUUUGCUCUGCCCAUCUGCAUGGAGGUGCUGUCGCUCAGGUGUGGAUGAGGAGCUCAAAUCACUUGCAGGUACGGGGUGUUCUGCCCCCACCACCUCCCUGCCCUGUUCCCCGCCAUCCGUGCCAUGAUCUGCCGUGUCUGAGCUGGAGGGUAUUGACCCGCUGCUGGUCCCCCCCUGAGACGCGCCUGGCUGAGCCCUGGAGAAGGGCGUGCUGACGGCUGAGAGCACCCAGGGCUUUAUUCCUGCUCCAUCCCUCUCAUGGGGAUCCAUGGGAUGGGGAUUGCCUCGCUGAGCCCAGCCGCCAGCAGCGCAGGUGACACCGCAGACCCAUUAAUGCGGGGAGGGGACCUUCCCGCAGGCUGUGGCUGCUGGGAGCACUGGAGGGGGGGGCGUCCACAGGAGCACGGGGCUUGGGGCGUCCACAACCUGCUCCUGCCAGGGCUGAGCAUCCCCCUGCCCCGGCGGCAGCUCCCGCAGCCACACUCAUCCCUCGCUGUGUCCCAAACGAGAAGCAAAGGUGGCACCUGGGCUGCCCUGAGGAGGGGCUUUGCAUCUCCCAAGUCCCUGCAUUGGCCCUAACUGUGCCAAAUAGGACAUCGUGAGCCAUCCCAGGCUCAGGCAAGGGCUGGCGCCAUGGGACGCUCGGUGGCUGCCUUGUCCCUACAUCCCUCCUGCUUCUGUCUUGCUGGGGCACCGAUGCUGACCCUGCUUCCCUGCUUAGACAGCCAUGUGCUUUUCUGAAAGCAUCUUCUCGUGGGUUAUUUUUUUCUUCCUUUUGUACUCUUUUGUCAUGAAUAUCUCAUUUUGUAACCAACUGCAGGAUGAAGGGGCUAGCCCCCCCCCCCCCCCCAGGCUUCACUUAGGAACAGAAAAUGUUAUGCAUGUUGAAGUGUUAUUAACUCUGUAUGCAGAUCCUUGUUGAAUCCUCGUUUGAAAGCUUUGAUGCAGGCAAAUCAGAGUUUGUGUGUUUGCUAUUCUGAGGAGCUUGGAGCAGUCUCUAGAAGGAAGUGUCCUAAACCUCCUGUGUAUUUCCUACGGCUUUAUAUAAUAAACCGUUUUAGUGAC